GGCACCUUCAGCUGUUUGAUUGUCUGCAAGUGUCAUCGUUACCAAUACACAAGCAUUUGAGGCACACCUGUCAGAAGAACAACAGGACAAGAAUACAGCACAGCACUGGAACAUCACCUCCGUGGAAUGUGGUGCAUUGAGAGCAGCGCGUGAUUCACCUAGCAAGAAGAAUGAGUCCCCAGACGACGACUGCAGCUCACGAGCACAACCGAAGAUGAAUCAGAAGUGACAUCAUGGCUGUAAGAUUGCAUGACAUCAUGCUUGAAGCUGGUUUGCAUGAAGAGAUGUGGUUAACAAAAACAGAAAACCACAGCGGGAGGGAGGAAAUGCUACAUGCAAAAUGAAGUUCCACCUAUAUCUGAUGAAAUUAUACAAGUAUUUGGAAAGACUCAACGUCUCUUCACCAGCUCUUCAGAUGUUUUUGAGGAAACUGGAGAUCCUGUCAAGGAUGAAGUGGAACAGCUGUGGUCUCCUGCUCAUUUUAUCUAAUCUCUUCUGCAUAUCUGCAGUAGAUUUGACUAGACCCUGUGAGCAUAACCCUAGAAAUGUUUCUGGUUGUCCUCUUACUAACAUUAAGUCCAGUGGUUCAGGCAAUGGAAUUAAUGUGGAGAAUGACAUCUUCAUUCUCGGUGCAGAUGGUUUCAUGGGAUAUUGGAAAACAGGUUAUUGCAAUAAAGGUCUCUGGAGCACAUCGAGCCAAAUUAAUUCUACAUCGUUAGGUGCAUCGUUAGGUGCAUUGCCAGGUGCAUUGUCAGAAAAGACAACUCUCUCAGAAAAUCUAUGCAACAUCACUGUUUUUAAAUUUGAAUCAAACUGUACAGGAACCACACCAUCUACAACACACAGCAGUGAAUGUGGUGUGUAUUUAUCUAGAGACUCACCAUACGAACUCAACAUAAGCAGAUCAUUUCUACCCACGUUUGUCUGUUUAAUGGAAGGGAAAUGCAGAAAUGGCACUUGGACAAACUGGAUUGUACAAGAUUGUAAAUUUACCCUGCAAAAUGACCCUCCAAGAUUUAAUAAAAGUGAGAACUGUAGUAUGACCUGCCUGAAUCCCACAAAGGCAUGUGAGAAUGCAGGAUAUGAUCCCAAGUGUAGCGAUUCAAAUGCAGAUGAUAAAAGUAAAAUGAACACCAUUGGGAUCUCUAAUAAAACUGCAACUUGUUUUAAGUGUGGAAGUCCUUUUAAAAAAUUAGUACAAGUCCAGUUACCACCAGAAAUAUCAAAUAAAUUUAAUAAUAGUAAAACAGGGACAGAUGCUGCAACAGCUGCUGGGGCCAUGAAAAAUCUCACCAAUAUGCUGUCUUUCAUGGGGAAUUUGACCGAAGCAUCUAUAUCCAUGGGUAGCGUUAAAGGGGUUUUAAAGAAAAUUCAAAAUGUGUCUGAUAUCAAGAUGACCGCUUUCACCUACUCUUCAGAUACUGGCCUAAAAGUUAUAGAUGAUUUUAGCCAACUGAAAAACUUUCCCAACACUUUCACUAUUCCAAAGGAAGCCUCUCUGCAAGCGUUCAACAAAAGUGCAGGAAAUGCUUUGUUGGGUCUUUUCAGAUUUCCCAACAUGACACAGGAUGAAAAGAACAGUACAGUUUUGGGGGAUGAAGUUUAUGCAAUCGAAAUGGGCACAGAAAUUUCAAAUCUGACUGAAAACAUCAGUUUGGUCUUCAGCAAUAAACAGCAGAUAGGAACUCCUGCUUGUAACUCAUGGGAUGGAAGUGGAAGUAAGCCAAACUGGACAACUGAAGGGUGCUUUACUGUGGUUAAUGGAAGUAAGAUUACGUGUAAUUGCCAACACUUGACUUUCUUCGCUGUGCUUAUGGCCCCUCCAGAUAUGACCAUUUCUGAAAGUGACCUUGUCAAUCUGACCUACAUCACGUACAUCGGCUGCGGCCUCUCCAUGUUUUUCCUGGGAGUCGCAUUUUUUAUUCACUUCCUCUUAAGGAAAGUGAAGGCUACUAAUUCAGCCCACGUGCUGAUGAAUCUCUUUUUUGCACUGUUUCUGCUCAACGUGGCCUUCCUGACUAAUGAAUACGUUGCACGUGCGAAUAGCCACAACGCCUGCAAGCUCAUGGCUGCAUUCAUGCACUACUGCUUGCUGGCCAGUUUCACCUGGUUUGCGGUGGAGGCUUUACACCUCUGCCUGCAAAUGGCCAGACAAUCAGUCGUCAUCAAACAUUACAUCCUCAAGAUCUCUGUGAUUGGGUGGGUUCCUCCUGCUCUUAUCGUCAGUAUCCUUUUUGUCUUGAGCAAAUAUGGUGAGCAGACCAUACGCACGGAGUCAAGCAAUGUAACCAUGUGCUGGAUUUUAGACACCACUGUCCACUACACCGUGAACAUCGGUUAUUACUGCUUCGUCUUCAUCUUCACCUUCUCCACCUGCAUCGUGGUGCUGCGAUGGCUCUCCAUGCUGAAGGUGAGCAAGUUUAACAAGGCUGGAAAGGUGAAACGCUCAGGAACCGCCACCUUGGACGUCACCACCGUCCUGGGCCUCUGCUGUAUGCUGGGACUCACCUGGAGUUUUGCGUUCUUCAGCUAUGGAGGUCUGCAAAUGUCCUCGUACUACAUAUUCACCAUACUAAACUCCUUCCAAGGAUUUUUCUUGUUCAUAUAUUACGUGAAAACGAGCACCCUCUUUGGAGACCCGGUGCCAUCAGAAGAUAGCAAUAACAUGACUGAAGAAACCAUCACAGAAAACCCAUAUGAUAACCAACUACCACCCUCCAAAAAGGACUUCUGAAUGUCGCCUCUGUGCAUUUUAAAAGUCAUAUCUGUCUAUAGAUACUUCAUUUGCAGUAUUAUAGUGAACUCAAUGCAAAUUUCUCCUGUAACAUAUGCAUUUCUGAUGGCAGAAUUUAAGAAUUUGCUCUCUUUCAGUUCAUGAGUUUGAACUGAAUUGCCGACACCCCACAGGAAGUUGACUGACAGGAAGAGAACUUUACCGAAGCUUUACCGUUAGUUCCUAAAUUGGAAUUUUAUAGAGGUUCUUAAUUGCGUUCUGAAAGGGGCACAAUUCUGCUGUAUAAUAAUAUAAUAUAAUGUUUCUUUUUCAUGACUGCAUUUUCUUAGAGAGACUGCUAGAAAAGUAACAGAUUUUCAUUAUAAUACAAUGCUACUGAUGUAUUUGUUUUUACACUGUAUAUUAUUUUAUGUAUGUUUAUUUUUAGGGGCAAGAUAAAUAAGAUAAAUAACUACUAUAAUAGGAAAAUGAUAAUAUUUUUGUGAUUUUUUUUUUUUUGCUCCUUGAUGAAUUGCUUUGUUCCUCUCUUGUAAGUUACUUUAGAUAAAUGCUAAUGCAUGGAUGUAAAAAUGUUACAGUAGGUUGUUAUAUUUUCUUCAUAUGUCUUCAUAAGCUAUUGAUAUUGGAAGGUUCUACAAGUUUAACUUUCUGUGAUGCUCUUGCCUGUAACUUGUUUUACUGAUGAGUAGAAACAUAAACCCUGAAAAACACUAUGAA